UUUUUGUUUUUUUCAGUCUCAUUUUUAUUUUCUUUUAUUUUUGUUUGUUUUGUUUGUUGUUGGCCACCAAAAAGUUUUUUUCAUUAUUAUUUUAUAUUUUCUUUCAUUUAAUUACUUUUUUAAAAAAGUUUUAUUGAUUUAUUUUUAUUAUGUUUGUAAUUUCUAUUUGUUUAUUUGUACCUAUCAUAAAACACUUUAAUUAGAUUAUUUUUAUGGGUUAAAAAGUUUUAAGCCUUUACUCCAGAAACUUUUUUAGAUUAGAUUAGUUUCAACUUUAUUGUCAUUUCAGUAAGUACCAAUACAACGAAACGUUAAGCAUCUAACCAGAUAGUGCAAACAGUAGCAGUGGAAAAGCUUCUUAAUUAGCAUUUAGAUCACAGAACAUUAAAAGUCUCCAUUAUUCUCAUAUUCAUGGUUGUGGCCUGUGUUGGUUAGAGUCAUAUUUCCCAUGGAAAACUCGUGAAAUACUGAUCAAUUCUACAUUCAAUACAUAUGUUAACAAAGCACCAUCAUGUCAGAAUUCAGUGACACCAGCUGAGUGAAAGGUCAAGUGAAAGGUCAACAUCGGGCAUGGGGGAUACAUUACCAAUUGGAAGUAUAAAUGGACUGAUUAUAGCAAGAUGAUGCCGUUAGAGGGAGGAAAAGGGAGGAGAUACUGUAGGUGGACUGAUUAGAGAUGGAGUAAUGGACGGGGGCAGAGAGUAAACGAGACAGACAAGAAAUGGAGAGAUGAAAGAAGGAAAGAUCAACGAGCUAACGAGAGAAGUGGAGAGCUACCAAACAUUAUUAUGGGCGGUGUGUGUGUGUGUGUGUACACUAAGACAUAUUGGUUAUAAUCUAAUCUAUUGACAGGAUGGGAGUCUCAGGUGUACCGAAAAAAAUCUCCAUCUUAUCUAUCACCUUUGUCUGUAUAUUGCAUAUUAGAAAAACAUUUACUCUCUCCUGUUCCUGUCAUCCAUCUUUAUCUGAUGGCCUUUGUUGCUAUGGGUGACCACAGCCUGUAGUGAUGAGUCAGAUAAUUCACUAAGUAAGAUGUGGACUAGGUAGGUUGAGAAACGAAGACAAACUCAUGCUAUUGCCGUGCCCUCGAUCUCAUAACAUAAUUAAACAGACGUGGAUUUCAUCUGUCUAACACAAAUUUCUGACUGCAUAAUUUCAUAUAGAAUUACGUGUUUGGUUCGCAAGAAGUAAUAAAAACACAAGCAUUUAACUACUACCCACUUGAUCUUGUGUGAAUAUCUCACUCACUAAAUUUGGACAUGGUGCAGAAAUCCAAAACAGAACUCUGCACUAGAAUCAUGAAAAAUGACUAGAGUUUUUUUUAAACAAGUUGAUUCUUAUUUUAAACAGGUUGACACUGUGGUUUAAGAAAGCUUUUAGACUCAGUAACACAGUCACUUUUCAAGUCAGGUCACUUAAAAGCACAUUUAAAAGUUGAAAAUCUCCUGUGUAAGAAACAGCAACACAGAUAUAGAACACACUCAGAAGAGAGAAAGAAUACACACACUAUAAAAUUGCACCCCAUCUCCUCUGCGGCUGUGUGCGCCCUGUCCACAACAAUACUUAUAUACAUACUUGUGCGAGUGGCGGUCCUUGCAGGUGUUGUAUUGGGCAUUGCUGACAGAGCAAGUGCACGGGAAUGCCGCUCUUGAAGUCGAGAAAAGCAGGAAAAGCUGCUUGUGAUGUGUCUUUGAUGAAAUGUUCACAAUGGCUGCAUGUCACCAUUGUACAGUACAUGUGUUGUUGUUUUCUUCUACUGGCCUCCUUGUUCUUUACAUCUUUCAAAAUUCGGUGGCUGUCUGGUUGCUGUGUUUCUGAAGGAGGUGGAAGAGGACUAAUUGCGGGUACCACAGACCAAUGAAUCAAUUAUCAACAAGGAGUUGUGCACAGUUGGCGUAAUGUUUCAAAUUUCUAGAAGGACAUUCAGGUCUGUGUACCAGCAACAUUUACAUAAUUGUAAAGGCUUGCAGGUGCAUGCACAAAUUUGUGAUAACUGGUGCAAGAACCAUGCAGUGGACCUCAUACAGGUCCAAGUGGUGUUUUGUAUAAGGAAAAGAUAGCAGGGCCUAGGAUGGAUCUCUGAGGAACCCCACAGGAGUUAUCUGCUACAGAGGGGAGAAAUGAUCCAAAUUGACUUAAAAAGACCUGUAAAACUUAAACCAGUGUAAAGCUGUACCAUUAAUACCAACCACAUCACGAAGGCAAUUAAUUCAGACAGUAUGAUCUACAGUAUCAAAGACAGAUAGUGCCUGUCUCCAGUGUCAAGAGUUGGUAGUGUGAAUAGCUUUCGGCAUAUCCUAAAACAACAUGUGAUGUUACAACCUGAAUUUUCUUUUUAAUUAGCUUUUUUUGUCUUUAAAAAAAAAAGCUAUUAAGCAAUUAAAUCAUCAUGAUACCAGACAUGCUGAGGGACUGAAGGUUAAGACAAAGAAAGGUUAAAAAUGUGAAAGGUUGUAACCUGAGGAUGACAGCGUCACUGGGUCACAUACACACAUCUCCUGCCUUGCGUUUACCCCUUUACAUUCUGAUCAUGUUCUCAGCUUCACAGUAAAUGUACACGAGAAAAAGGGGGUGGGUGACCGAGGCAAAAAGUGACACAAUGAGAAGAGAAGAAAAGGGGGAGGGAGGAGUGCAGGAAAGCAGAGAGGAGAGAGGAAGGGAGGCAAGGAGAUGCUGUGGGUGAGUGAGUGGAAGCGCUCAUUAAUACGAAUUUUAAGGACGUGAAGAGAGAAGCAGCCAGUAGCGAAGCAGCCAGCCUCCCUGCAGGACUAAGGGAGGAGAGGGUGAUUGGAAAGACAGAGAUGAAUGAGCGAGGAAAAGGGAGUCAGAAAAGCAGAUGAGAGAGUUGGACAGUUGAGAAGCAGCAUCAGCGGUCAACUGUGCAUGUAUUGAUCCACAAGAACCAGGCGUGGUUUGUCUGCUGGAGCGACAGAAGAAGAAAAAGACAGAAAAGGAAGAAAAAAAGAGGAUUGCUCUGUUGUGCUUCUCUGCUGCUGACGGCCAAAUGAAGAGUGUGUGAGAGCACUCCAGCUGAGCGACACAACACACACAUCACACGCGAGAUGAACACAUUCAGCUUGCAGAGUCGGCGCUGCCAGCAAACAUCCUCCGCUACUUUCAGCAGCUGCCACUUGAGUUGAGAUUUAUAGGCUGUUUCACGUGGACCAGAGGCAGCAUUCAAAGCAGGUGAAACACUUAUCAGGUAGAGUGUGUGUGUGUUGGCUGCUGCUGUACAUCUGUGCUUGGGGACCAGCUGUUUUAUAGAGAAAUGUCGGCAAAGAGUAUCUGAGGACAUUUGAGUGCCGGACAGUUUGUAAGCAUGUGUUGAAAUCUGGAGAAAGGACAUCAAAAAGAUAAAGGAAGAUAAGAAGAUUUAAAGAAAAUGCUGUUUUUUUGAACUCUCUGGGAAGCAGCCAGCUCUCACACCCACCACCCAGAAACGAGCACCAGGUCUUGGAGCAGAAACGUGGUACCUUGCCUGUCCUUCGGGAUGCUGAAAUCAAGAUCCCCGGAACCAGAAGGCGUGAUGUGGAUUAGGGGAUGAGUCCUGAGAAGGAGCCAGGGAGGGAUGCGGUUGUGGGGGGUGAGAGGGCAAGAAUGGGCUGACCCUGCCCUGUGGCUGCCUCUACCGCUGCCUCCCUGUGAGCAUGCAGGUCUUACAGAUUGUCAAGGAGCUGGUGUCGCCGUCCAGACGCAGGGCAGCAGCCAGAUUUGGAGCGUCUGAUACCGAGCAGGAUGCGGCGGUGAAACUUGACCAGGAGCGGGCGGAGAUAGUCGCCAAAUAUGACAAGGGAAAAGAGGCCACCGUGGAGCCCUGGGAGGACACCAACUUCCACCUGUACAAAGUCAUCGACCGCUUUGGCUUCGUACAUGAAAAUGAACUUCCAUCCUACGACUCCGUGGAGGAGAAGCAAAAACACAUGGAGGUGGAGAGGACCACCAAAUGGCUGAAGAUGAUGAAUAGCUGGGACAAAUACAAGAACAGUGAGAAGCUGGUCAGGAGGAUCUAUAAGGGAAUUCCCCUGCAGCUCCGAGGGGAGGUGUGGUGUCUGCUGCUCGACGUUCCCAAAAUAAAGGAGGAGAAGAAAGACUUCUACGAGAAAUUAAAGGCCAGAGCCAGAGGAGUCUCCCCCGACAUCCGCCAGAUUGACUUGGAUGUGAACCGCACCUACAGGGACCACAUCAUGUUCAUGCAUCGCUACGAUGUCAAGCAGCAGGCUCUGUUCCACGUCCUCACAGCCUACUCCAUGUACAACACGGAGGUGGGCUACUGCCAGGGCAUGAGUCAGAUCACAGCUCUGCUGCUGAUCUACAUGAAUGAAGAGGACGCCUUCUGGGCUCUGGUCAAACUACUGUCUGGGCAGAAGCAUGCCAUGCAUGGGUUUUUUGUCCCCGGCUUCCCGAAGCUGAUGCGUUUCCAGGAGCACCACGACCGCAUCCUCAAGAAGAUGAUGCCCAAACUGAAACAACACCUGGACAACCAAGAGGUGUUAACUAGCCUCUACACCAUGAAGUGGUUCUUCCAGUGCUUCCUGGACAGAACUCCCUUCACCCUCACCCUCAGGAUCUGGGACAUCUACAUCUUUGAGGGUGAAAGACUGCUGCCCGCCAUGUCCUACACUAUCCUCAAACUGCACAAGAAGCACCUGUUGAAGUUGUCCAUGGAAGAGCUGGUGGAGUUUCUGCAGGCGACGUUGUCCAAAGAUUUCUUCUUCGAGGACGACUUUGUGAUUGAGCAGCUACAGGCGUCCAUGAUGGAGCUCAGGAGGGCAAAGCUGGAUCUGCCCGCACCAGGUAAAGAGGAAGAGUUUCCCAAGAAGCCUCUAGGGCAGCUUCCUCCUGAGCUGGCAGCAGCAGGGGUGAACCAUGUGGCCAACGGUCAAAGUCAUGCCGAGCCAGCAGAGCCUCCCAGGGACCCGAGUCCUGUACCAGAGCGCCAGCGGGACAGUCGACCCCACAGCCAGUCACGCCGAGACUCGCUGGAGAAGCCGAUCCGCCACCACAAAGCUGACAAGAGGGAUGGCCGCUCCAGGGGAUCAGGGGAGAUUCCCAAUGAGCAUCAAAAGCAGUCCAACUCCACCACGCCUGAGAGGAGAGCAACACCACCCUCAGCCCCCACCCCUAAACCACAAUUCAGCACGGUGGAUAGACGGAAGCCUCAGAGCCACGCCACCGCCAACCAUAACUCCAACGCAGCCUCCAGCUCUCACAGAGACAUCACUCCCCGCUGGUUCAAACCCUCCGAGACAAAGCUGGAAGCAGCCAAAGCGGCAGCAGCCCGGGAGGUUCAUCGGAGCCGAGGGGCAUCGCCGGCCCCUUCCAGCCCAGAAGACACUGCUCUGCCCCACCGCCGGCCACGCUCCAAGGGCUUCGUCCCUGGCUCCGACCGAGGCUCCAACGCCUCCCAGUACGACAACGUACCAGGGCUGCCGGAGCAGGAUUUCGAGAUCCUGGAGCUUGACGGACCUCCGUCCAGAAUGAGGACCCCUCGCAGUGAGACACCUUUCAGUGUAUCAUCCCUCCAUCAGGGCAGCCCCAGCCGCGGACCCAGCCUGGCUGGGAGCGUUGUCUCCGUCGCAUCAGGGCCCAGGAUGGCCAAACUCCCUCCUCCUCCCUUUUCCCACAACAGUCCAGCAGGUGUCCAGGCCAGCUACCCUGGCAGCCAGAGCCAGUACCACACUCCUCCGCAGCAGCAUUCCCCGGGCAGAACUACUACUGAGGUCCCCAUCUUCCAUCCUGCUUACAGCGUAAGCCUGGACAACAGAGGAGAAGACAAACUCUAUGCUCCGCCCUCCCGAUUUACCCCACCCUCUACCGUGGCGUAUGGGGAACGAGCGUACGCCACCACUCAGCGGCAGACCAACAGCCUCUCCCCAGAGAAGGCUCUCAUGAACAACUCCUUCGCCACCUACCGCAGGCAGCCACCAUCUAGCUCCACCCACAACCCCCGAAACGCCAGGCCUCCCCCGGAGCACUCCUUGCAGCUGGAAACCCAGGGGAGCUCCACCCCUAUCUACCUGCAACAGCUCACCUCCACCGCACAGGUCUACGCUCCAGUGGACUACAGGUUUGAGGGGCAUCGGAGGGGCGAGGUGAACCCGCACUACCUCCCAGAGGGCGGGCCUCGGCGGCCUGUAGACGGGCUCCCGUGGGCGCUGGAGGGUGAGCUGCCCCCUCAAUCCCCAGGUGGGAUGCCGCGCUCGCCCAGCUUCCAGCGAGCCCAAAUGUCUCCCGUUCAGGAGUUCACUUUUCCCGCCAACCCAGACGGCCUGCUUCACUACAGGACACAGUUCCAGGAGCAGCAGCCCGUCAUAAGGCAACAGCUCCCCCAGCUGUUUGGAGGACCACACUACAGGCAUGCACAGGAGGCAUUUGCUAUGCAGGAGUCCAUGCUGCUGUGAUAGAGAAAAGACACUGUAAAAAACUGAGGAUUAGUCACUGACACUGUGGUAAAGACGAGCAGUAGUCCUAGCUUUGUUAGGAACCUGGUUUUGUUUCUGCUCUGUUCUUUGUGUGAAGUACUGACCUUCUGACUGUCACGCUGCAUCGUAAAGUUGCAGGACACACCAGCCUCUUGACGUUUUUACUGAUCACUUUAAAAAGAGAAAAAAGAAGAAAAACAAAACUGACUGAAGAUUUAAUUUUAUUUUUGGAUGUAAAUCAUUAACGAGAGGUGACAGUAUAUAUCUUUUAGAGUCUGAUAUGUACAGUGGAUUCUUUUGUUAAUAUGCUGAGUUGUUAGGGGAACAUUCUCCUGAGAGAGCAAAACUCUUAUUUUCCAUCUUUAUUUUUUUAUAUGUUACUUCCAAAUAUUUACAUUAGAGGUCGAUUUACUCUAUAUGCUUGUGAAUGUUAUUUUUCAAAAAAAGAGAAGAAAUAAUACUAUGUCCAAUGAUAGAAUUAAAGAGAAUUGAUGAACGGGUCACUAAGUUUUGAUUUCCUUUUUAGUUUUUCCUUUUCAGUGACAAUGUUCCUUCCAGAUUAACUGAUGUGCAAUUAAUUUUCUUUCAUAUGUGAAGUACAGUACAUUGGGUAUUUACAUGUAUUUGAGGCCAGUGUAGUUUUUGAUAAAAUUCCAACCCUGAUUAGAGACUCGAGGAAUAGCGCGCUAAUUUGUGAGGGCUAAUCAUAUAUUUGUUUUUGUUUGAUGGCUUUAAGCUAUCUGAUUUGCUAUGUAACCAUAGGUAACACAUUUUUUAAAACUGCUGUACUGUUGUUACCACAUCUUGAGCACAUGCAGCCAGAGACGGAUGUGAACUAGUUUCAGUACAAGUUUGCUUUAUUUCAUUAUGUCUUAUUAUUCUCAACACUGUCAUAUCAACUACUGUUCAGCUGCUGGCACUUCCACUGGCAUACAGAGUCAUCUGGCACACAAUUCAACAUUUAAUCAGUCACACUCCUUAUUCCUCAUACUGGGUUUUGAAGCAGUUACUCUCAAACAGUAUUGCCAUACUGUUCAUUACAUUCCCUAAGUUAUCUUUUUGUUACACAACUAAUUGCAGGCCAUUCUGAUACUUUGCUUAAUAAAAUGAAGUGGGGUGAAAAUGAA